AUGAUAACAGAUUUAUUCAUAAAUAUAUGCAUUUACAGAAGUGCACAAUUAAUUGAAUUACCCUCAGAAAAAUUUUAUAAUGGUAUGAAUAUAGAAGAUAAGAAUUUAUCUGAUAAAAGUAAUAUAUGUGAAUCUAUAACGUGGCAUAAAAAAGAGGAUUCGCUCAUAAGAAUUUGUAAAAAAUAUAUAACAUAUUUAGAAACAUCUAAGGUAUUAAAUUUUGUAAGGCCUGACUACGAUGUUUGUAUUCUUUUAAAUUAUUGGUUAUAUGAAAAAUUAUCUGAAAUUUUUGGAUUUCAAGAUUCUUUAUAUGAUAUUAGUCUUGCUUUUGGUAGUCUCCAACAUAUAUGGAAUCAACUUUACCACUAUCCACGAACAAGGGUUAAUUAUAAUAAUUGUAAGCCGGAAUACGAAACUGAUAAUCACGAGGAUUGGAUAAAUAGAAAGAAAUUGUACGAUUAUUAUGUUGAUUAUAACUAUCUUAUUUCUAUGGCUAAAAACUAUCCAAAAGGAUGCAUAUAUUAUAAAAAAAUUAAAGAAAAACACACAGUAUUUGAUUAUUUCGAUAGACAUUGUGUUUCCAAUGCAUAUAAAUGCCCCCAGUUCUACUAUGAUUUCAAGUCCUAUGAUCCUGAAAACGUGAUAUCUACAUUGCCAUGUCACGAUCAAGUGGAACUGACAAAAUCUGCUUCUCCAGGGCCUGAAGAAGCUACAAAAGAGAGCUCUUCGCAUCAUCCUGCAGGACCCGAAGCACAAAAUGCAGUUUCUGGAGAUCAUCCUGGCGAGACAGAUCCUAACGUCAGUUUGCAUAGUACACAGUCAACGCCUAAAUCAUCAGAUAUUGGAACAAAAGUUUCUCAUUCAGUUCUUGGUGCAGCUCCAGUUUUAUUAACGGCCACUAUGUUAUAUAGAUAUACACCCUUAGGUCCCUGGAUUCGUAGAUUCGGAGGAGGCAGAACAAAUAGUAUGAAUACCAUGGAUACUCUUUCACCUUAUACAGAAGAAACAGGCAAUAUGUUUCCUGAAGACACAGCAAACUAUAUAUCUUAUCAUCCUAUAUAA